AUGAAUUUAAAUGUUUUUUUAUUAUUCAUUUUUUUAUUUUUAGUUAAUAAUAGUUUUGUAUAUUCAUCACAGGAUGAAGAUUGCUUAAAAGUAUUAUUGACCAAAUUAUUUAAUAUUAAAGAUGUUAAAUUAUGUGACAACUUUAUAGAUACUUCAUAUUAUCGUGGUAGCUGUUAUAGAGAUACAAAUACUCUCCAAAGUUUGACUCUCAAUGGGGAUUCACAAAAUCCCAAUAGUAAUCUAUUCAUGCCAUCUUUGGUAUAUAGCGAUCUAAGCUGUUUUGAAAAUCUAGAUAUUUUAAUUUUAGAAUUUAUGGCAAUAAAAAAAGAUGCAUUUGGAGCAAAUGAUCAAAAAAAUGUAGCAAAUUCAAUUUAUUUAACCUCAUGUUUUUUUAAUGAUGGAAGAAUAGUAUCAGAAAAUUCUUUUUUGCCCAAAGGUAUAAACAGUUUAACUAUUUAUUUAAAUUCAUUUUCAAAUUUUAAUGAAUUAGGUUUUAGAUCUAUUAAAAACCUAAAAAAUAUAUAUAUUGACUAUGUUUUAAAUUUAGACUCAGAAUUAAAUACAUACCCUAAAUAUAUAAAUGAUUUGCAAGGUAUAGAAAGCAAUUUUGAAAAUUUCUAUAUAGUUUCAAAUGAAGUCCCAAAUUUUACCGAUCUAAAGGUAUCCUAUUUCUAUUUAACUAUUGUAGGGGAUUUAUAUUUACCAUCAAUUCAUAAUUUUGGUUCUCUAAAUCAAAUUGAAAAUUUUACUUUUUCAUAUAAUGGGGAAAUAGAAUUUCCCAGACAAUUACUUUCAAACAAUAAAAUAUCCUAUAUAUAUCUAUAUUGUGACUUAAAAACCCCAACAGAGUACAUAAUCAUACCAAACACAGUUUAUAGUUUUAGAUUCCUAUCGAGAAACUCAAAAUUCAAUAUCAAUGGAAAACUACCAUUUAUUUUUCCAGAUAAUAUGACUUAUUUGAAUUUACAUGGUUUAGGUCUUGUUGAAUUCCCAAUUUUACCAAAAAAAAUUCAAAGGCUAUACAUUAGUGGUAAUAAUUUUAGUUUAAAUAGUCCAAAAACAUUACCUGAUCUUUCAACCUACGAAGGUUUAAAUGAAGUUAGCUUUUAUGAAACUGGCUUCUGUGGACCAAUUCCCGAAAGCUAUUGUUCAUUUAAAACCUCGUUAACAUAUAAUAAUUUAAAUGGAACCCUUCCAAUGUGCAAAACUUGUUAUUUAGAUAUAACUGUUGAAGAAUUUAAAUAUAAUCCUAAUUUACGUUUUGGGGUUUGUGACGAAAGUUCUAUCAUUCCUAAUUUAGACAUAUCUUUUGAAAAAGAAAUAACUUUAUAUGGAGAGAAUUUAGGAUGGUUGGUACCCUUUGUUUUCAACUACCCAAAUAUAUUUUCAAUGGUAAAAGGAAACUCAAUGUUUAAAGCAAAGUGGGAUGAAAAUUAUGGUCAAAUCCCAGAUUCAUUAGUAAUAAUGUUACCCCCUAGAAACUUUACAUUUAAUACUAAAAAUGUUUUACCAUCGCUAAAUAAUAUUACGAAAUCAAAUAUCCAAUUUACUUUUGAAGGCUCAAACUUUUCAUAUAACAAAAAGGAUUUUGAAAUUAAAAUUGCAAAUGAAAUUUGUUUAAUUUCAUACAUAAAUUUUAAUAAAAUUAUUUGCAAUUUCCCAAACCAAAAAGUAUUACCUGCAAAAAAUGAUGCCCCAGCAACUAUAAAGAAUACUAGAUCUGGUGAAUUCAUUUCAUUUGCUAUAAAUACCCUGGAAGAUAAAACAACAGUUGCAAAAGAAUGCCCUAACCAAUGUUUAGAGGGUAUUUGUUCAAUUAACACUGGUGCAUGUAUAUGCAAUCCUGGUUAUAGUGGUGAAAUUUGUAGCCCCAUACCAUGUAAAUCUGACUGUGGUACUCCAGAAGGUAGAGGCGAAUGCGAUGAUAAAGUGGGUAUUUGUGUUUGUACACUAAAAUGGAAAGGUGAAUCUUGUGAUAUACCAAAUCAAUUUUUAACAUCAGCUUCAUCAACAUUGUCCUCGGGCGGUUUGGUUGAUUUAUUUGGUUGGUUUGGAUUACCAAAUGAAGGUUUAGCAAUUACAAUUGGUUCUUUAAAUUGUCAAAAACAUUAUUUCAAUACAACUUUUGCAAAUUGUACCAUUGGCGCUGGUUCAGGAACUAAAUCAAUAAAGAUUAUUCAAAACAAUCAAAAGUGGAUAGGUGAAAAUAUAUUCCACUAUAUAGAAACAACAUAUAGAUGUCCAAAAGAUUGUUCUUUAAAUGGAGUGGCAAAUGGUGAAUGCAAUAAUUCAUCAGGUCAAUGCAAAUGUUUUAGUGACUGGGGUGGAUAUGACUGCAAUUCAAAAUCGACAACUGGCGGUUCAACAUCAUCUAGUACUGGAUCAUCUACACCAUCACUUGAAAUUCCUAAAUCAAAUACUACAAUCAUUAAUGGAAUAAGUUCUAUUAGCAACCAACAAACAAAAUACGAAAUAUCAAUUUUCUCGCUAAUAGAAUAUGAUGUUACUAAUAAAAUAGUUUUUACCCAUAACCUAACUAAUAAAUGGAUCGGCAUAGGAGAUACUGGUAAAGAUAUUCAUAAAUUUAAACAAAAUAUUUCAGAAACAUGCAUAAUAACAUAUAUUAUUGAAGAUAUCAAAGAAUCGAGAGAUUAUGAAUUUGCGGGUUUACAAUUAUCUUUAGAAAAAGAUUCUAUAAAAAUAACAAUAACCAUCGAUAACUAUCCAUUUAAAAGUACAUUGAAUAAGCUACAACUCAGAUUAGAAUCUUUGGUAGGAGAUGAUGGUACAAAUAUUGCAAAUAAUGAAUGUAACAAAAAAGAAACAUCAAUCGAUAAAGACUUAAUAGAUAGUAAUCAAUUAUUGAACUAUAUAACUAUUUCAAGAAAUGAAAAAGUAUUAAAUGGUAGAUUUAUAAAUAGAGUAUUAAGUGAUCACAGACAGUCAUUUGUUACAACAUCAUUAAUUUCAAAUUCUACAACAACAUCAAAUAAAGAAUCAUUUAUUAUAGGAUUAAAUUUACCCUAUUUCACUGAAUCAUUAACUAUCGAUCCAGAUUUUUCAGUACUAGUAUCCCCAUCGUUCAAGAAAUGCAAAUCAAUUGAUAAUGCUAAUUGGGUGUUACCUGUUGCCAUUGUUGUACCUUUAGUUGCUGUUGUAGCCUUUAUAAUAAUGAGUGCUAUUAUUUACAAAAAAAAUCGUACCAUGGUUUUAUUGGUUAAAAAUAAAUUCAAACUCAGGUCAUUAUAA